AUGAGCGCCUCCCUCAAGAAGACGGCGCUCCACAGCUUCCAUCUCGCUCAGCAGGCAAAGAUGAAUGCAUUUUCGGGCUACCACAUGCCCAUCUCCUAUGGCAGGCUGGGUGUGCUGAAGGAGCACUUCUACACUCGACAGGUCGCCGGGAUAUUCGAUUUAUCGCACGUGGGCCAGUAUGAGGUUCGCGGUGCGGACCGUGAGAAGUUCAUGGAGCACGUCACGCCGGUGGACCUCCAGCGCACCCAGGUUGGAUACGGAGCGCUGAGUAUGCUGACGAACGCGCAGGGAGGCAUCAAGGACGACUGCAUCGUGACGAAGAUGGCGGAUCAUCUGUUCCUUGUGCUGAACGCUGGGUGCAAGGGGAAGGAUGUGGCGCACAUGGAGAGUGUGCUGCGUGAGGGCGCGAUGAAGGGUGCGGAUGUGCAGCUUGUGCUGCUGGAUCGCUCGCUUAUUGCGCUACAGGGCCCGCAGGCCGCCGCGAUCCUCUCCGAGUUCAUGGAUGACGUGCCGGACAUGGGCUUCAUGCAGUGCCGCCAGAAGGUGAACAUCAAGGGGAUGGAGGUGCAGGUGACGCGGUGCGGCUACACGGGCGAGGACGGCUUCGAAAUAUCUGUGUCGAACACGGACGCUGUAGCGCUUGUGGAGCUCCUCAUGUCGCGGAGGGCGGAAAUGGCCGGCCUGGGUGCUCGCGACAGCCUUCGUCUGGAGGCGGGGUUGAACCUGUACGGCCACGAGCUGACCGAGGAUACCAACCCUGUGGCGGCUCGCUUCAUGUGGACGAUUUCGAAGCGCCGCAUGGCGGAGGGCGGCUUCAUUGGCUACGAGCCCAUCAAGUACUUCCGGGACAACGCCAGCAAGGGUGCUGUGCCGCGGCUGCGAGUGGGCCUCGUUUCCACUGGCCCGGUUGCUCGUGAGAAGACUGCCAUCGAGGUGGGUGGGAAGCAGGUGGGCGAGGUGACCAGUGGCUGCCCGUCUCCGUGCUUGAAGAAGAACAUCGCCAUCGGCUACCUCGACCGUGAGCUGGCCAAGGAUGGGGUGAAGGUGGACCUGGUUGUGCGGGACCGCCGCGUGGCUGCUGAGGUGGUCACUCCGCGAUUCGUGCCUGCCCGGUACUACCGCAAGCCCCAGUAA